AUGUGGAGGAAAGUGGACGCCGACUCCAGAGUUGGAGAAAAGGCGAUGCCAUUGACUCCAACGAUUGACGGGCGGGUUUCCCAGCCCACAGUAGGUAGACACUCGUACACCUCGUUGCUUGUCGAUCGGAUCAUCAUCAUCUCGCCGAAACCCAUUUCAAUCUCAGACGAAGGCCAACCAAGAAUGCCGUCAACCAUAAUCCAUGGCUCACGCAAUCCCGAGAAGCCCAGCGCCAAAGUCACAGCGACCUUCACAGGAGAUGUCUGGAUGGACCCUGUUUUCGAUGGACCGAACAUCAAGCUCAACCACGUCAUGUUCCAGCCCUGUGCCCGGACGCACUGGCAUACUCAUGAGAGCGGACAAUUCCUCAAGGUGCUCGCCGGGUCGGGCUGGAUCUGCGACAAAGGCGGCGAACCGAGGAGAUUGAAUGUCGGGGACAUGGUCUGGUGCGAUGCGGGGACGACGCAUUGGCAUGGCGGCGACGACAACACGUACAUGAUGCAUUUGGCUGUCAGCCACGGGAAGACGAUCUGGCAUGACGAAGUUACGGAUGAGGAGUAUGCUGCAAAGAAGAAGUGA